GUGGGGAGAGAGUUGAAACUGGGUGGUGAAACAGAGAUUGGUUUUUGGAAUUUCUUUUGGAGGAGGUGAAGAAUGGUCAAACGUCAACUGUGGCGCUAGUCAAAUGGUUGAUAAACGUCUGGUCAUCUCUCCCUCUCUCUGUCAAUAGACUCUUUUCCUGGACUCUGGUCUUUAUUUCCUCUCUUGCUUGCUGGGUCGUUGAAGGGUUUUUUUUGGAGCUCUUCGUGUUCAGAGUUUAAGGAUUGUUUCUUGCUGUUUCUGGGUUUCCAUUCCUGCUUUUCUGGAGAAAGAAAUGGCACAAAGUUCACAUGUGCCAAAGUUUGGCAAUUGGGAAUCUGAAGGGAAUGUUCCUUACACGGUGUAUUUUGAAAAGGCGCGGAAAGGGCGAAAUGAUGGGAGGGUGAUUAAUCCAAAUGACCCUGAAGAGAACCCGGAAAUAGUUUCCGAUUAUGUAGCUGCUAAAGCUCCUUCCUUAAAAAUGAAUGUUGCACCAGAAAAACCAAUAUCACAGGGAGCAGUUGGACGAACCCAUGAACGUCGAAGAAGCAGGGAAGAUGGUAAUCUCAAACAGUUUGGUGAUCCUCCAGCACGUCAUGACCAUAUAAAUCGCAGAGCUAGUGAACCAGCACCUCGUUAUGGAGGCCGUGGAGUAAGCUCUGGUGACACCCAUAAACGACCGACAAAAAGUGUUGGUUCUGAAAACAGCAUUGAGCAGUCACCACUGCAUCACCAAGCAAGAAGUGGAAGAGGCGUCAGGGCUCCUUCUCCUGCUUGGGAAGGAAAGGGUUCAUAUGAGGGUAGCCAUGGCACUCCUGGAAGGCCCCGAACAAGACCAAGUGCUGCCGAUGAAAGUCAAGACAAUGUUGCUUUACCGAAAUUUGGAGAAUGGAAUGAUAAAGACCCUGCAUCAGCUGAUGGUUAUACUGACAUUUUCGAAAAGGUGCGGGUGGAAAGGCAGACAGCAAGGGUGCCAGGCACUCCGCAAACUGAAUCAUCUCGCAACAACUAUCAUAGGCAAACUGCCAAUAACGAUAGCGCUAAAUGUUGCUGUUUUCCAUGGGGCAGAAAAUGAGUUCUGGAAUUCGUAAAUACAUGGAGGGCUCUAUUCGAAGGGAAAUGAUUUAUUUGCAGUACAUUCAUUGUCUUUCUAUUCAGUCUGCUAUUUUGGAUGAUAAACACAGUAGGUUUUAUCGGACAACACGGUUUCAUAUAUCUUCUUUCUCCUCCGAGUUUUGUGUCUUAGCUGAUCCUGUGUAAUGUACUAUUUAUCAUUUCGAUUUCAUUGGUAUCUUUGGUAGUAAAGUAUCAGUUACAAAUCCUUUUUUUGCCAUUCCUUUAGUACUCUUGUUUACUCUGUUGUAUUAAUUUCAUACAGGAAUUCAAAGAUAUUUCCCUA